AUGAAGACAGAUCGUUUGUUGACGCUUCUGGCGUUGGCCUUGAUGGCCGUUACGUGCAGCCUUCUGGUUGUGAAUUCCGGGACGAGUGAUAGGAGGGAGGAGAAUCCGAAAAGGAAGAGUUCUUUCUUUACGACGAACUACGCCGCGGCGUAUUUGGGCGCUACGCUGACCGAUUUUAAUCGUGCUUGCAAGGGAGCGUCGUCUGUGCUCAACGACGAAAAGGAGAAGUACAUGAUAUGCGCUUGUGAGGCGGCCAGGAAACUGUUUACAGUUCAGCUCAUCCGCGAAAUUGAGGUUCGCGUCGUCACAUUGGUUAACAUGGAACAUUUCAGUUCGAGCGUGAAGAAGUUUGUGCUGCUCGGCAGCAAAAAGUACCCCACCAACGAGUGGCGUGUGCUUGGAGAGUUUGAGGCCAGUCCGUGGCGCGGGACGCAACACUUUGACGUGCCAACGCAGGAACCUGUGCGCUUUCUGCGUUUCAUGUGGGCCACCUCCCACGGCGACGACUCGUGGUGCACGCUGACGUCCUUCAAGGCGUUUGGCGUGGACGUACUGGAGACCCUGACGGAGGAGUACGGCGCAGAUGUGGAGGAGUUGCUGCAGGGGCCACUGGAUAGGGCACUCCCAGAACCACCGAUUUUUGUUGCGCCAACGCUGCCGGUUUACACAGAGGUUAAUGACCGUACCAGCGGACAUGCGGCUGCACUGCAUCACCCCAAUGAAGGAAGGAAGCCACAAGGCGAUGCCGCGCUCGAGAAGCUGUUCCAGCAGGUGGACGCCAUCGUUUCGGCUGCCACCAACUGCAGCAGCGAUGACAGCGACGCUGCCGGAGAUUUCUCAAACUGCUGCAACUACGGCGAGCCCAUCGACAAUGCCUCCAUCAUGUGUAUGCUGCAAGAGCGCCAGGCAUUUAUGGCCCGUUCGAGGUGUAAGUGCCUUUUGAAGCCAGUUCUCCCUGUCAGGAUGGCGCUGUCACCGAAGUCGUUCCAAGGGGGAACGGUACUGCAGAUCAUUACACAGAUGAGCAAGCAUCUGAAGGUGCUGCAGCAGGAGCUGGAAGAAGCCUCUUUUCGGCAAAGGGAAACGCAGGCGAGGCUCGAGAACAGCGAGGCGGUGAUAGCAUCCAUUGGGGUGCACUUUCGCAACAUAUUGAGGAUUACUCGUGACUACAGUGAGCGACUCACGGACGUGAAAAAAGAGAUGGAUGCCGUUAAGUCACGCCUCCCACUUGUGUUGGAGUCAAGGAAACAGAAAAGCGCUUGUGCCACAUUGAAGAUGUGGGUGGCAUGCUCCAACGCAUUGGCCCUUGUCGCCCUCCUUGCGGUGUGCUUUGUGCCCCGCUCAAAUACCCCCAUGGGAGCGCGGCGUUUCACACGGCGUGGGUAG